ACGUUUGUUUGGCGUGCAAAUGGCGUGCAAGGAGGUUGGCGUGUCUCAAAAACUUGUGUCCGUUGGUUCAUCGUUUCGAACCUCAAGAUUCAAUAUUCUGCGAUGGGGCGACGAAGCGGUUUUCGGUGCUGUAAACCUGGAGCGCCGAAGCGUGGUGGGGCAGCCCUGCAGGUGGCUGAAGCGAGCAGCUCAGCAGAGGGCACUGACUCUUGACAGGCUGGCAGCCGUGGGCAAGGUCAGUUCCCAGAAAAUGGCCUCGCUGCUCCGUGGUGGGCUGCAAGCCUGGUCAUCGGAGCCACGGUUCCAUUACCCACAAGGUACCGACAGACAGCAGCUUGCGUGCUGUCUGGCUGGAGACAAUUGGUGUCAAGCUUGGAGCUCUCCCUAUGCUGUUGCUGCCAGAGGCAACAAGAGCACUGCCACCACAACUGCCUGCCCCAGCACUCCAGGUUCAAUUGUUGUCUCCAGUCCGAAGGACAACCCCCCAACUGCAGGCCCAGGACAGCCGUCCUCGCAGUUCGACUCCCAUACCACCUGAUAGUGAGGUAAGUGUCAGCAAUGUGCUGGAUAGGCCUUCUUAUGCAGGGGACAGUAAUGAUCCAGAGGACAGACCAGAUGACCCAUGGGACUCUGACAGCAGGACAAAGUCAGAUGACUCAGGUAGCUGUGACAGCGACACCAGCACCAAUGUGGACGAUGAGUCAGCUGAGGACAGCAGUGACUCGGACGAGGAGGAGGACUACAUGGAGGAGAGGGUUGCUCCUGGUGACAUUAGCUAUGCGCCCUCCACAAAUGUGAGCUUCCAAAGGUAGUACUUUCAAAUAACCUCCGGUAUAUGUUACAAUUUUAUUUAUAUUUUCAGUGAUGACAGUGACUGCGUAAAGGUGCCACUCCACAAAGAGCGGAAGUUCAUUGUUUUUGAAGGGUGCCUCUUGGAGCGUUUCAAGGUGUGCCGCAAGUGCCAUGCCCCUUGCUGCAACACCACAGAUGUUGUCGGCACACUACUGAUUGUCAACAGGAGACAUGGUGGAGCCAGCCAAAGGUAAGUGGCAAAGCAACAGGCAAUGUUUGCAUUUGUGCAGCCAUUCUUUUUGGAAGUACUUCUCCUGCGACCAUCUUGAGGAGCAACAGGUCCGUCAACAUUCAAGCCAUCUCAGAGCGCACCUACAACAAGUAUCAGACUGGUUAUCCGAUGCCUGCUGUGAAUUAGAUAUUUGCCGACUCCCGAAUUUUCCAGGAGCCUCCCGAAUUUUGAUCACAUCUCCCGAUUGUAUGGACGCGACCUCAGAUCUCCUAAAAAAUGUCCGCCGUGAUUUUUUUUUAAUGACGCCUUAUUGCUAUAAUUAUCACGCGUGUGUCAUUCCGAGUUACUCGAGAGUAGGUUUAGGUUACUCCGGCGGGUUACCACGUGACAACUCGGAGCAUUACCGUAAAGAGAGGGUAGAUUUUCAAACGCCAAGGUACGAAACCUCUAUUCCUGAAGUUAGAGCGCAUUUUGGAACACGGCUUAUAUGACCAUGGGUGCGCUAGGCUUCAAUCAGCUUCUUUGUCAGGUCGUCGAGUGAGGUGCGGAACGCCGAACUACUCUUUGUGUUUCCCCGAGUUUAGUUGGAACCACUGAUCUGUUGGUAUGAUCGAUGGCACUUUCAAAAGCCACGAAGAACUUGCAAGUAUUUCUAAGAUCAUACGCGACUGGGUUUCCAUGCUUUGUCGCUUCAUGGAAAGCUGAAAAGUUUGAAUUCUGCACAGUGUGCGUCCGUGAUGUGUGAGCGUUUCGCACGGCGGCAAGCUUGACACAUCAAGACACACAUCGCUUCAUGAAAGCAUCAGAACCAUGCUCGUGCCGUAGAAGGGCAGGGCACCACCGACAGUUUACUCCAAAACAACUGCGAAGACAGUGAUUCGCGCAGAGUGCCUCUUCACGGGGUUUCUUGUCAAUCUAAAAAAAGAUAAUGUUUCAACCCCCCUUCCCCCCGCGCGGCAGUCUCCUGAAUUUUGAUGUUGCUAAGUUGGCAGGUAUGGAAUUGGGUAAGUCAGAGUAAGAAUAACUGUAGAGAAUAAAACAUUGCAUUGCCUAUUGAUUUAUAACGCAUAAUUGCCUGCCAGGUGUAUGAGCAGCAGAACACUGAGCUUCUGCAAGGUCUCCGAGGCAAGAGCAUUGCCCUUGCUGGGAUGGACGCUGCGAUUCGCCAGGAUUCAGUGCAGAGUACUGCACCUACAAGUUCCACAAGGCAGUCACCUGGAAGGUCAUCCAUGUUGAGCAAGUGCAAGUUGGCGAGGUAGCAUUUACUGACUGAGGCAAACAAAAUUAUUGUAAAACUGAUUUUCCUCUUGUUUACAAUCACUGUUGCUUUCUGCUUUAAAUCUGAUUGCAUUUAUGGAGGCCUUGCAUUGAGGCUGCAGUACAUUGUCUGUUGGAAGAAAUUAAUGCAUACACGUGACCAGUCGGAUGAAGUGAUGUCAAGCAACGCCAUGGAGAAGGUGGCAUUUGUUCGUGGCUUCACCAAGCUGAAACAGAAGGGCAUACAGGCUACCAUUCUGAUGCUUUCCUGAAGCCAUUUGAUUUCAUACAAAAUAUUUGGAGAAUACUUGGAGAAUAAAAAUUACUUGACACAUCAACUUGCAAUUUUUUUUAUUCAGCAUGUUAGAACACACAAUGCUUUAAAAGAAUAGCACAUAUUGGCGUAAGGUGUCCCUCACUAUUUGAUAUUGCAGUCAGUCCCACGCAAAAAUCAAUGCACUGGUUUAGAGAACUACUCCACGCUGGGACAUGUUGGAUCCAGCUUAGAAUAGUUCCAUAAGCCAGUACUUUUUGCCCGGACAGCUGCUACCCCACUCAACAGAGCGAAAUCUCUGGGGAACCCUAAACCCCAUCGUCUUCCAAAGUGCAUAUUGUCACGGAGUAAGGCAAGGAGACGGUAAAUUAUGAACUGAAAAAAAGUGUUUAAUCAGCAAACUUGUGCCAAACAAAAUAAAGAAUGAGCGUCGAGACAGCAGAAAAGCAGGCGGCGAUUUGGCGGCGUAACAGGAAGGGAGAGCAAGACUGACUUGACGAGGUCACGGGCAGCUCCUUUUCUAAUCUCCGUCGGCAUCGCAAAAAUCUGGCCCAGAAGGUUCGAGCAUCGG